GACUAUUUGAACUACGAGAGCUGUUGAAUUAAGACUAAAUAAUCAGAAGAACACAACCAGAACAUUUCAAAUGUGUAUUUUACAAGAGACAUUGAAACAGCUCUCAUGUUGUGAUAGAGCACACAGCUACCCGGCAGGAAAAAAAAUUAUUUACAUGAGAUUUUAGAAAAGUUUUUGUUCAGCCCAUAAGAGGAUAUUAUAUCUGUUUCUGGAAAAGCUAGUUGUGGUGUAGGGUGCUCUUAGCAUUGCGCUAAGUGUGGAUAACUUGCACAACGAGUGCCACACUUUUAACAGAGCCGCAACAUCUCACAAGUGAAACACGCAAGAUAAAGUAAGACUAACACUUCCAACGAUACGGCCUACAGCCCCAUACCCGAGAAAUAACGCAAUACUGAGAAACAUCUUAGAAGAAGACAGGACUACAUCAUGACUCUAUCGGCAAGUAACAGCCAAUUUUGCGCUCUCUUCAUCAUCUUAAUUGUCUUUGUCAACGUAUCGCUUAUCGUUAAGCAUGUCCGGAGAGGCGGCUUCUUUGACAAGUGCAAAGUUAUGAUCCUUCUCUCCAUGGCCACCGGGAAUAUCGUGCUGGCCUUGUUUCCUUUGGUUGUCCUGGCCAGAUUUUACUACGAAAAGAACUACGAGCCUCCAUAUGGAUUGAACGUAGUCACCUCCUCCUACGUCAGCCAUCUUCUGCACUUCGCUCACGUGAUCUUUCUGAUUCUGCUUGGGGCGGAACCAGAUAUCUUGGCCAGGAAAUCCCUUCCGGCUUCCUUGAGUAGACUUGCAACUGCCUUGUUGAUGAGUUGUCUUCCUUGGGUCAUCAGCGUAAUUCUAGUAAUGCCUCUGUUCAUGGUUGGAUAUAAACUUCAACAUUUCGCAUCACCAAUUACACUUUUAUCAAUGUUUUGUUUCCUGACGUUAACCUCCAUAAUAAGUGUCAUUAUUUUCAUACGCCUUAAGCAAACAAUAUUUGCACAAGUUGUGCUCAGACAUCAACAGCGAGGAGUCAAUCUCAACACAGACCAGGAAGGGGCACCAGCUUACUUCAUCCAGCAAGUCUCAGUCGUAACGCCCGAGCAACAAAACCAUUGUCGAGACUCUUACCAACAAGGGCCUAUCAUGAAUCCGAAUCAAUCCACUGCCAGUGGCACUGUCUCAAAUGAGUAUGUAGAGUUUCAGGAUCUGGUUGAUUCAGGUGUUUAUCAAAAUAAUUAUUUUGAACAAAACCUAAUGCAGCAAUCUCAUAACUAUGUUAACAUCCCUAAUCCGUAUGAUGAAAUAUUGAGUCAACCACUACCGCAGAGCCAAAUACAUACUCUAACCGAUUACCAGUCACCCUUCCCGUCUAUGCAUCAACCACUCUACCGGCCACAGUUUCAUCUACCAGGUAUUCCUCUUACACCUUCUGCUCCUUACGAAAGUAUACGUGAAGGAGCGCAGCAGGUGGCUAGUCGAUCACGGCAACCGUCAUCUAGCAACCACAAUGACAAUGUAGCCCGGGGAGAUACCUUUGAACGCCCCCAAACUCCAGAAGUAAUGGAAAACUUUCGGCUAAAUUCGAAGAAGGAAAACGCCGUUUUACUGACUCUCUGCAUCUUAAAUGGCUGUAUGGUUAUUCCUAACAUGGUAUACUCAGCUCCCCAUCAUAAUCUAUUCACGCAACUCUCCAAUGAAAGCCAAGGAUUAUUUUGGCUUCUGAUCUCCAAAUCACUUUUAAUGCCCAUUUUACUUUUUGUUUAUUCGCAUAAGUAAAACCUCAGUAUUUUUCCGACUUGAGGCGAAACACAUCAAAGGGCGGUGCGACAUGCCGUCAAGAGACAAACUUUCAGUUAUGUUGCCAUUGUAAUUAAACUUUUGUAUAGAAUAAAAAAAAAAUGUAAAAAAUAUACAAUGUUUUUUAAAUGAGCAACAUGAAAAACAUAUUUGCGAAUUUUAACAAUUUUAAUUAUAAAAAAAUAACAAGAUCAUACGGGACGGACGGACAGACAGACCGCACAAAAUUAAUAGCGUCUAUCACCCUUUCUGGAGCCGCUAGAAAUGGUGCUUUAACUUUUUAAGUAGGGUAGAAAACUCGUAUGCGUACUACAAGAGUUCCGCUGACGCCUUUUCGUGAAUAUAAACAGGCCUGCUAAAACACAGACACGGUCAUAUCAAUUGGCGUCUCUUGGGUGGCGUCACUCGGUGCGGUUAGCUCAGGGUAGGAGGAAAUGUCACGGGUAAAUGGAUAUAAGUCUUUCAGCUCUCAUAUCUUUAAUGCCCUUAUUUCUUAAUUUGCUAACUUUGCAAUAUAAGGGCCUGGCUGUUAUCUCCUGUUUACCUUAAGUCAACACAUAUAUUUUGAGAAAGAUAUCACUAGGCAUUUUUGUUUUAUUAAGUGAAAGCGUUUUCUAUAUUCCAUAUUUUAACUUCUACGUCACUAUAUAGAAUUGUUUGUAAUAUUUGAAUUAUAAGCAAACAGAUACAAUAACAUACAAAUCUGCAUAUGUACUGACAGAUUUAUGAGUGUCUAUCUAUAAUGUAUAUUUCCUACAUAGAAUUUCUGUAUUUAUUAAAAAAAAUUUUUUUAUCCAAAUGUUUGUUUUUUAAAAUUCCGAUUUUGUUUCCUGGAAGUGUUAUCGACACUGCUUGGUAUAUGUUUAAAAUUAUGGACAACACACCUCCCCUUUUGACUCUAUAUUGGGAUAGUCAUACCUGGUGGAAAACCUAAUAACAUCAAGCUUUUUGGUGUAAGCGGUGCACAAUAGAAAGAACGUGUUGAUAGGCUUUGCUUUUAAAAUCCAUGAUAGUUCUUAUGCACAUUUUAGCACAGCAGAAGCUCUUUUGUUUGCAACUUUGAUUGAGUCGGCAAUUAGGAAGUAAGAGUCCCUGGCAUUGUUUAUUUGGAUACUCUUCAAUUGGGCAGAUGUUGUAAAAGUCAUCAGUGUCUUUGGCCGACGAUUUACAAGGAGGUCGUACGGUCAGCACAACGACCAAUCGCCUUUUCUUUCUCCUUCUAAUGUCAUGCCCAUUGGUUCAAAAUCACCGAGAUUCGAAACUGUGACUCAUCGAUUUGAAAGCUACCCCCCCCCCCCACUGUUAGAUAUACACGCAACUGGAUGAGAAGUUACCCAUUAACAAAAUUACGUUGUAAAUGUAUACGUAAACAAACAUAUCAAGCUAAAAAUGUUGUAAACAUAGGAAAGUAACAUUUUAAAAGUUUUAAAACAAACAAAAUAUAAAUAUAAAAAGAUUCAAUAGCUCCUGAUCUUAAAAAACGGAAAAAAACUUAUAUAAAGGAAAUAAAUGUAUAUUUAUACACACAGUAUUUAUCUCAAUACUGUAAGAUUUAUCUCCAUUUUUCUAUAUUAAACGAAAUUGUCUAUAAUUUCUCAGUUAUUUCUCGUAAAGUUUCUAUUGCUUUCAACUAAGCAAUCAGACUUUCCAAGUGAGCUUUGCACAACCAAGUUCCUCUAUUACCGGCAAGUUAAUGAUUUCUACAUAAGACGGUGUUGGUAGUCGGUCCGUAGCUUGUACAAGUAUAUUUAAAUGAACUAACGUUUAAUUAACCUAAACAAACUACUUUUUUAAAAACAAAACUUAAUUUUUACUUUUAUUAUUAACUAGCCAUAUUUUACUCGCGGCCCGCGGGUCUUAAUUUGCGUAUCAUUGUUGAUAUAGUCACUGAGAGUGUUUUGUAAAUAAUCAAACAUAUUAAUAAUGUUAUAAGUAAAGUGAAUGAGUAAAUGUAAAAAUAGUAUGAAUGGAGCUAUCAAAAUAACUUAUCGACCUAAUCCAUUUUUUCAAAUAAAAACAUUUGCUUGUAGGCCUACAUAUAUUUGAUUAAAAUUUGAAAUGAAUACACUUCAUUUUGUAUGUUCAUGUGUUAAAGUAUAAAGUAGAUCUAUCAUCUUUGAAUUAGAUCUUGAGUUAGAGAUAGCUCUAGACUAAUGUAGAGUUAAAUAUUGGCUUGGAUAGAGUUCGUUCAGCGCGUGCGUGGAGGCUUCGAUCUGCGCAUGCGUGACC